AUGAGGCCAGCGUGCGCCCGGCCGCAGAAGGCAGGUCUGAUCCGCACGGACAGUGGGGAGUUCUUCAUCGAGCCUCUGGAGAAGGGCCAGCAGGGAGUGGAGCAGAAAGGCCGGGUCCACGUGGUCUACAGGAGGUCUGCGAUCAGGAGAGACCCCGCCCACAGGGACAGGGGGGAGGAGCUACACAACGAGGUGGCAGACUUUGGUAUUGCCGAGUUGCCGCGAGCACUGGACCUGGUGGAGCACAAGCUGUCGGAGUCGGAGCGGAAGCGGCGACACGCGAGGAGAGAGGACUACAACAUUGAGGUGCUGCUGGCGGUGGACGACUCGGUGGUUCGCUUCCACGGAAAGGAGCACGUGCAAAACUACGUCCUCACGCUCAUGAACAUUGUGGAUGAGAUUUACCAUGACGAGUCCCUGGGAGCCAACAUCAAUAUCGUGCUGGUGCGGAUGAUCAUGGUGGGCUACAGGCAGUCCAUCAGUCUGAUCGAGCGUGGGAACCCGUCUCGCUCUCUGGAGCAGGUCUGCCGUUGGGCCAACACGCAGCAGAGGCGAGAUCCGGAGCACGCCGAGUACCACGACCACGCCAUCUUUCUCACCAGGCAAGAUUUCGGUCCCGCAGGUAUGCAAGGAUACGCUCCGGUGACGGGGAUGUGCCACCCGCUCAAGAGCUGCACCCUGAACCACGAGGACGGAUUCUCCUCGGCCUUCGUGGUGGCGCACGAGACCGGCCACGUGUUGGGCAUGGAGCACGAUGGUCAGGGCAACCGCUGUGCAGACGAGACGACCAUGGGCAGCAUCAUGGCUCCCCUGGUGCAGGCCGCCUUCCACCGCUACCACUGGUCCCGCUGCAGCAAGCAGGAGCUGCACCGGUACAUCCAGUGA